AUGCCUAUCUACCUUGCCCAUGGCUUCCGAUGGCCACGAGAUGGCUUCACUGGCAUACGUGUUCACGCUAUAAUCCACAAUCUGGAGGAGGUAUCCGUUGAAUAUAUACAAAAUCCACACAGUCGCACAGCGCUGGCAAACUCCCUCCGCGAGCUACAUCCGGAAAUCAUGCAACGCCUCGAGAAGUCAGGCCGAAGAAUAGACUUCCUCGAGCAGUACGAUCCCGAAGACGAGUCAAUGAAUGCUGUCACGCAGCCCUAUGCCUUCGUUUGCGAUCGAGUAGCCAUGAUUGCUGGAGGACCAAGAGCAGAAGUACACCUGGGCGACCUCUUUCAAACACAAGCAGCCAACGCGUCAAAAGCAGCACAAGAGCGGCGUAUCUCGACGACGGCAGAUCGGACGUCUAAGCAUGAUCCCGCAGAUGGCUCUCCAGAACGAGCGAGGAGCCCGCAGCAACGCAAGACCAGGGCCAGAACUCUGCCCAUGUCGAUCGAAAGGCCCUUCAAUUCACCGCCGGACAUUCGUGCACUGAGUGCCAAUGUGCAUGACAUCACGAAUGACCAGCCGAUACCGCCUGACGCGUGGGAUGCCAUGGCUGAGCUACGAGACAAGCUCGCUAAAGAGGAGACAAUUGGCUGGUGGGUUGUAUAUAACGGUGACCCGGAACGAGCAUACGACCCGUCAAGUGACGAGGACUACGACUCAGAGGCCUCGGACGAGGGCACCGAAACUGGAGAAAGCAUCGAAGAGGGCGUCAAGGAAAUUCGUCCCAAAAUAUCGGCUGCUAAGCUAGGCUUGACACCGUCAACCUCGAACAACCAACCACUCGCAAAGUCAAAGUCGCUUCCCGAGAGCAGGAUCACUACAUCCCCAUCGAAGCAGUCCCCCAAGCCAACCUCCGUCACCAAAAAGCCACCACCUUCCGCACUCCAAACUUCCUCAAAGGCCAGCAAGCCUGCCGGCGGCGCCCUGACAGCGAACCCACCAACCCCGCAACCCCUCAAGUCACCGACCGGCGGCCGCAUCCCACCGCCAGUACCACCUCCGCCACCAAAGUCGUCCGCUCGCACUCCCGGCACUUCCAAGACCACAACGCUAUCACCACCUCAGGAACUACUGAACAUGAACAAAGAACUCCCACACAGUCCCGCUGCCGAGAAAGCCGCUUUACAGAAAGAGGCCAGCAACACAUCUUCUUACAACUCUGCCGUGACCACCAGUCGAAGUAGGAGCAAUACCCAAGGAAGCCUGAACGGGGCGUGUCCGGCCAAUGCGCUCAAUGCAAGUCCGAAUCAAACGAGAACGGGGUAUCGAGCGCCGAACCAGAGCUUGAGCACGAGUACUAGCAACACUGCGUUUGAGCGGGAGAAAGAGUCGGAUGCUAACAGUCCAACAUCGCCGGUCGGGGCUGGGAAGAAGGACGGCAUGGGGUUGAGGAGGAAGAUUUUCGGGAGGAGAGGGACGGGCAGUGACUCGAGGUGA